GUGGAGACUUUUAUUGGCCAGGCAGUGUAUUUGCACAUUAUAUUACAAUCUAUAACUUUACAUGUGUGCAUAUGUUAUGUUUCUGGAAGGGAUCAUCAAUGCUUAUUUUUCCCACUAGGACAAGGUCAUUUGGGGGAGUGUUCAUACUGGUAUUACGAAAAGGCACUAGAUAACAAGAUAACAUUGUUCCUGCACUAAAAGGAGGAAGGGCAUGUGAAAGUUGCUUAGUUCUUCACUCAGAGCUCCAUAAAGACAGCAUGGAGAUUGGUACUGCGAUUUUGAUCAUUGGUUUUGCUGCACUGGCUGCCGCCUUCAUCUUGCUGUUAAUUGGUUUGGUGUAUUCUGAAGUAAUGAACUCUGAGAUUCCUCCUGGAAUUGCUAAUAGUGGAAAACUACACACUGUGCACGGAUGUCUUGUAGGAAUAGCAGUUUUGGGCCAAAUCCUGGCGCGUCUGGGUCUCUGUAGUGAGGUGGGAUUUUCACGAUGGUUUACGGAACUUGUUAUCGGCAAGCCUCAGCUGAUCUCUCCUGGUCUUCGUAUUAAAGACAUGACAUUCGGCGGUGUGCCUGUGAGAGUGUAUGAGCCCACAGCUCCCUCAGACCAGAAGAGGAGAGGAAUGAUGUAUUUUCACGGUGGAGGAUGGAUAUUGGGCAGUAUAAAUAUGCAUGAUAAUAUUUGCCGGCAGAUUGCAAAAGAGAGCAACACCACAGUUGCAUCAGUUGGUUACAGACUUGCUCCUGAGCACAGGUUCCCUGCUCACCUGGACGACUGCGAGGCCGCCACCCUGCACUUCUUCUCAGUGGCAGAGGCUGAGUUUGGGGUGGAUCCUCACAGGGUGGUGCUGGGUGGAGACAGCGCUGGGGGAAACCUGUCAGCAGCUCUCAGCCAGAGACUGGCGAAAAAACGGACUGGAGACGUGCCAUCCCCUCUCGCUCUGGUCCUCAUCUACCCCGCCCUGCAAAUGGCAGAUUUUACCCUGCCAUCCUACCUGCAGAACCAAUCUGUGCCCCUGCUGUAUCGGGCAAGGAUGGUCUUCUACUAUUUGCAUUACCUUAAUGGAGACGUGUCUGUGUGCCAGGACGUUCUGGCAGGGAGGCACAUUCCAGCCGAGCUAAAGGCCCACUACAGCAAGUGGCUCGACCCGGCUAAUCUACCUCCUGAAUUCAGAGAGAGAAGCUACCAAAAACACGAGGAGGACACAGCUCAUGAUGGUGAAGUAUACCAUGUCAUCAAAGACGGACUACAGUCAGAAUUCUCUCCUUUGUUGGCUGAGGAUGAUGUUCUUCGUCUCACCCCGUCCACCUUCAUCCUGACCUGUGAGUACGACGUGCUGAGAGACGAUGGGAUCCUGUUCCACAAGAGGCUUAAGGACCUUGGCGUGGACGUCACCUGGCACCACGUCUCUGACGGCUUUCAUGGCAUAGUUAGCUUCUUCAACAUGGGCUGGCUGACUUUUCCUGCUGGAAAGAGGGCAAUGGAUCAGAUUGUGAGCUACAUAAAGACACUCUGAACACAAGCACUACUCCAUCUCAGCUCUAAUUCAGUUUUUAUUAAUAAGUUUUUGACAACUUUGUUUUUUUUUUGUCUGAACUUGUGUCUAUUGGAGAGACACCACUUGUGUCAAAUAAAGAGGGAAUUGGG